AUGUCAACUCCGUCGUCGCUCUCCGUCUCCGAGUCGGAGAAACCACAGCUGGCUACCACGGUCGUCGAAGAGCUCCCUAAGGACAGUGUCAAGGCUCCCGAUGCUGACCACAAGGACCGGUCGAAGACGGUUGACCUCACGCAGGCGGUCGUGAAGGUCACCACCGCCCCUUCCUCGCUCUCAGACCGCAAGAGCGAGUCUUCAUCUGAUGCGGAGAAGGGCGAAGUUUGGGAAGGCUUCGAAGAGGAUGUCCUGCCUGACAAGGAGCAGCCCAAGCUCAUCCGCAACCUCCGCUUCCAGAUCAUGUCCCUCUACCGAAGGCUAUUCGGUAUCGUCUUCAUAACGAACAUGGGCGUCUUCAUCUGGUUCUGUGCCAAGGGCGCGAAUGCGAGCCAGCUCGGCAGAGUCGUGGUUGGCAACUUGUUCACCGCGAUUCUCAUGCGCCAGGAGUACGUCAUCAAUGCUUGGUUCGCUGUGGCGUGCCUUGCACCCCGAUCAUGGCCGCUGUGGAUUCGUCGCAUUCUCGCCAGGGUCUAUUCUAUCGGAGGCAUUCACUCCGGAGCGGGGGUCAGCGGUGCGGUUUGGCUGAUGCUUUUCCUGGGGAAAGCAACAAGGCAAUUCAUUGACAAGGAUCACGUAACCGUUGGGACUAUUACUGUUUCAUAUAUGAUCUUGGUACUUCUUCUUGCCAUGAUUAUCUUCGCUUAUCCGAAGUUCCGCAUUCGGCAUCACGACACAUUCGAGAUAAUUCAUCGUUUCGCAGGAUGGGCUGCAGUCGCCCUCGUGUGGGCACAGGUUGUCCUCCUCACCAAUGAUUAUCGCAGUCCUGGCGAGACCCUGGGCCACGCAGUCGUCCAUCAACCUACUUUCUGGCUAGUCUUGAUCAUGUCGCUAUCUAUCAUCGCGCCUUGGGCGCGCUUGCGCAAGGUGCCGGUGCGCUCGGAAGUACUCUCAGAGCACUGCGUGAGGCUGUACUUCGACUACGUGAACACCCAGCCGGGCCAUUUCACACGCAUGUCACUCAAGCCUCUGUUGGAGUGGCACUCGUUUGCUACUAUCGCCGUGCCCGGAAAGAAGGGCUAUUCGGCAGUUGUCUCACGCGCGGGCGACUGGACCAAGGAGCAGAUUGGCAACCCGCCGGACAAGAUCUGGAUUCGUGGCAUCCCCUGCUACGGUGUCGUGCGCGUCACGCCGCUUUUCAGGCGUGUGGUGAUGGUGGCGACGGGCAGUGGUAUCGGCCCCAUCGCACCCGUCGUGUUCGCCAAGAAAACCGAGAUCCAGCUCCUCUGGACUGCUCCUACAGUGCGCAAGACGUUCGGUGACGGGCUCGUCGAUUCUCUCUUGGAGGCGGCGCCUGGAUCGAUUAUCUAUGAUACGCGCCAGCACGGCCGGCCCGACCUGGUGAAGCUCACGUACCGCAUGGUGCAGGAGUUCAACGCGGAGGCCGUGGUCAUCAUCUCGAAUCAGCCUCUGACGGAGAAGGUCGUGUACGGCAUGAUGAGUCGUGGUAUCCCGGCCUUUGGUGCAAUCUGGGAUUCGUGA